AUGGUAGCCGCCGCUCCGCUCGGCGCGGCUCAGCUGCUCUUCGCAGCGGCCGCUGUGCCAGCUGGGACUAUUGCGCCUGCUGUGCCUGCUGUGCCUGCUGUGCCGAGCCAGCGGCCGGCGGCAGCGGCGACCGCGUUCUUCAGGCGCUGGCCUGCGCCUGAACCGCCGUCGGGCUCUCCUCGGGCACCGCCCGUGCCUCUGCCGCCGCCGCCGCCGCUGCCGCCUGAGCCCUCGCCGCCGCCGCCGCCGCCGCCGCUGCCACCGCCGCGACGGCGCCUGUCCGGCGUGGUGCCCUCGCCGCCUCCUCCCUCGCCAGAGCCAUCGCCGCCGCCUCCACCCUCGCCAGAACAGCCCGAGCCAUCGCCGCCGCCUCCGCCCUCGCCAGAACAGCCCGAGCCGUCGCCGCCGCCUCCACCCUCGCCAGAACAGCCCGAGCCUGCGCCGCUGCCGACUUCCCCGCCGCCCUCCCCGCCAGCCCCACCCGCGCCACCGCCGCCUCCGCUGACUCCGCUCCCCGAGGGGCACGUGGACGUCUACAAUACCGAGGGCUUGCGGGCGCAGCUGAGUCAAGAGGAUGCCUCGGAGCGGAUCAUCCGCAUGAGUAGCGGCGUCUACCUCCUGAACGAGUCCUUCGUGCUGGAGGCGGCCAACGUCACGCUGUACGCCGCAGACUCGAGCAGCGUCGUCCUCUCGCCAUCCUCCGGCUGGUCGAGUAGCGACGGGCACUACCUAUUCGACGUCCGGGCGGGCGGAAUGCUGGAGGUACAUGGCAUCCACGUCAUGGGCAGUCGGUCCACCCUGACAGGGGGCGCCUUCAUCCUCAAGCCGGGCGGCGCCGCGCUGCUCUCGCGAUGCACCAUCUCGGACUUCCACUCGAACAGCCAGCCGGGCGGGGCCGUCGCUGCCUACUCGGCGCAGCUCAGCAUUUCGGAGGUGACCAUCAAGGACUGCGCGACGGCGUCAAACGGCGGCGCCCUCUUCCUCAGGGCCUCGCAGGUGAGCGUGAGGGACUCCUCGAUCGAGGGGUGCGAGGCGAGGGAUGGCGGGGCCAUCUUCGUGAGCGGCGACAGCGGCUACGGUCCCGUCUGGCUGGCCAACUGCACGCUCUCCGCCUGCACGGCUUCCGAGCGCGGCGGCCUGCUGUACGCGGCGGGCGACGUCACGAUGUCGAACCGGACGGUGCUCGAGGGGGGCGUUGCUGGGCAGGAGGGCAGCUCCGUCUACGUCGACAACGCGGACGUCAAGUACCAGCUCCCCGGCCCCGCGGGCCACUGGCUGCCCAACGCCAGGUGCGUCGUCUUCCGCGAGACCUACGGGACGGCAUGCGCGGACGGCGACAGCCAGUGCGAGAAGGACCGCGACGAGUGCGCCGUCCUGCCAGACGAUUGCGAGGGCGACGUCUGCACGCCACCCGUGACGGGCAACGCCGGCCUGAGCACAGCCACCUGCACCGGCCAGUGCGACGCGGGCUACUAUUGCGAGGCGGGGUCCAAGCUCGCGACGGCGACGGCCUGCCCGCCUGGCACGUACAACCGGUACGCGGGAGGCGACAGCGAGCUCUCGUGCCUGACCUGCCCGCUGGGCUACUUUUGCCCGAACGGCACGGCGCACCCGCUCGAGUGCCCUGAGGGAACCAUGGCGCGCGCGGCCGGCGUCGGAAUCGAGAUGAUCACCCAGUGCACUUGUCAGAUUGGCUUCUACCUGGCCGACUGCGCCGAGGACCCGCUGGACUGGUCCUGCGAGGAGUGCCCCGAGAGUGGCGCAAACUGCACCGCGGCGGUCUCCCUGACGACGCUGCCGAGCGAGUUUGCCUGGUGGCGGCACACCAACUGCACCACGGACUUUCACGAGUGCGCCGUGAGUGGCGACGUCUCGCCCUGCAACGGGGGGCCCGAAGCGGGCAACGCGAGCUGCGUGGACGGGCACCGCGGGCCGCGCUGCGAGGUCUGCGUCGAGCCACAGUACUACUUUGACGUCUGGUCGGCCACUUGCCUGCCCUGCGGCUCCGUCGCCGUCUCCCUGGCCAAGAUUGCGGCGCUCGUGCUCUUCCUCGCCCUCCUCGUCGGCGUCACCUCUUGGAUCAUCUCGUCGAACUGGGUGCCGAAGCGCCGCCUCGCGAGGGACGUCGUGCACUUUGUGCGCAAGUACGCGCUGCUGUGGCGGCAGUCGGGCAUGACGGGCAAGAUGAAGAUCAUCAUCGCGAUGGUGCAGUGCAUCUGGGCGGUGCCGUACGUCUAUGACAUGGACAUCCCCGAGCAGUUUGACUCGCUGCUCAGCCUGUUUGGGUGGAUCACCGCGCUCUCUCCCGAUAUCUUUCUGCCCGGUGCGUGCUACGGCUCGUACCUCGUCCGGCUGACGGUCUCGUCGACGUGGCCGAUCGUCGUCUUGGCGCUGAUCGCCCUCAAAAACAUCGUGCAGGAGGGGGCGGCGCGCCGCAAGGUUGCCGGGACGACCUCGCUGCGCGAGGAGAGCGCCAACGAGGGUGUGACGGGCGCGGUGGGCGCUCCGUCGCCGCCUCCGUCGCCGCCGCCGCUGCCGCCGCCACUGCUGCCGCCGCCGCCGCCGCCGCCGCCGCCGCUGCCGCCGCCGUCCGAAGCUACGCAGUCCGUGGAGCCGCUGCCGCCGCCGCCGCCGCCGCCGCCUAUGUCCGAGGCGGCGUCCCCGCGGGUGGCGACGAUGCUCAUCACGACGCCGCGCGCCAUGCUGCAGCGCGUCUCCAGCCUCGUCUCCCCGCGGGGGCGGAUCGCCUUUCUCGACGCCGUGGGCCUCUCGCGGCUGCCGCCGCAGCCGGGUGACGGGCCUGGGCGCGGCUCGAGCGUCAGUGUCACCAGCUCCGACGCCGAGGCCCUGGAGGCGAGCGAAUCGUUCGGCCAGCGGAUCCGGCGCCAGGCGCGGCAGCUCUCCUUCCGGACGGCUGGCAGGAGCGGGUCCGCACGCGCGGCGCUCGAGGUGCGGCGGGUGCAGUCGUCCGCGGACGGGGCGGCGGGUGUGGUGGGGCGGGGCCUGCUGCGCGCGCUGCCGCUCACGCUCUUCCUCACCUUUGUCGUGGUGCCCUCCACCUCGGAGCGGAUCCUCUCGUCGUUCAACUGCGUCGAGUUCAGCACCGCCGACGAGCCAUACGAGCUCCGCGCCUACCUUGCGGACGACCUCACCCUCGACUGCGCCUCUGCCGAGUACGCUGAGGUGGAGCUGUGGGCGUGCGUCUUCCUCGUCAUCUGGCCGGUGGGCGUGCCGCUCUUCUACGUGCUGUUGCUGCUCGCCGCGAAGCGCGCUAUCCGCGACACGCGCUCGACCGCGCUGACGCGCGCGAGCAGCUUCCUCUGGGCCGAGUACGAGCAGCGCACCUUUUGGUGGGAGCCGCUCGACCUGCUCCGGCGGCUGACCAUCACCGGCUUUGUGCUCAUCGGCACGCAGGGCUCGCCGCAGCUGCGCGUGCUCAUCGCGCUGCUUGUCACCAUCCUCUUCAUCACGAUGCAGUUCCUCCUCUCGCCGUUCAAGCGGCCGCUCGACGACCGCAUGAUGAUGCUCGGGCACGUCUGCCUGCUCGUGAUCCUGAUCGCCGCCCUCGUCAUCAACGUGUGCAACCUCUCGGCCGACACGUGCGAGACCUUUGGGAUGGGACGGACGAGCUACCUGCCCGCGCUCGUGUUUGUCGUCUUUGGCACGGCGAUGCUCGUGUCCGCCUUCCUCCUCCUCGCCUGGGCGGCCGGCCGGUACGCGACGACGCUGCCGACGCUGCGGCUCGUCGAGAAUGGGCUCGAGCCGCCGCUCACCAUCGCGCAGGGCGACAAGUGGCAUCUGUUCGUGAGCCACGUUUGGUCGACGGGGCAAGACCAGGCGGCCAACAUCAAGCGCGCGCUGCAGGUGAUCCUGCCCGGCUCGCGCAUCUUCCUCGACGUCGACGACCUCGCCGACAUCAGCGCGCUCGAGUCGGAGAUUGGGCAGAGCGCGCUCGUGCUCAUGUUCCUGUCCAAGGGCUACUUUAGCAGCCGCAACUGCCUGCGCGAGAUCCGGUGCGCGGUGCAGCUGCGCAAGCCGAUCGUGCUCGUUCACGAGGCCAACGAGGCCAAGGGCGGGCUCACCCUCGAGGAGUCGAUGAGCGAGUGCCCCGACGAGCUGCGCGACCGCGUGUUUGACAGCCGCCGCCGGCUGGGCAUGGCGGGUGGGCGCGCCAUUCAGUGGCACCGCAUUGCUGACUUCCAAAAGAUGAGCCUCAAGCUGAUCGCGGAGCAGCUGCUGCUCGCCUCGCCGCAGUACGCCUCCACGUGCGACGCGCUGCCGCUCUACUUCCCCGGCGAGAUCUCGGCCGACGCGCUCAGCUUUGAGCUGCCCGUCUGCCUGCGCUUCAGCCGGCACAACUCCGGCGCCGGGACGGUGGCCAAGGAGCUCGCGUCGCGGUUCCGCGAGCUCUCGGUGGCGCUGCUUGCGGAGCCGAGCGACGCCUCGCCGUGCGAGAGCGGCUGCUCCUCCGAGUCGGACGCGGCGACGGCGGGGACCGCGCUCACCGACUCGGCCGCGCUGGUGCGCGAGGUGUUUCUCCUCUACCUGCGCCGAGGCACGUUUGCGGGGGAGGAGGGCCACGAGCUCGCCGCCGACCUGCGGGCCGUGCGCGCGGCGGGCAUGCGCCUGCUCGCGGUCCACGAGAAUGACCCGGCGCAGGGCGGGGUCGCCUUCUCCCACUUCCUCACCACCACCCCCGAGGACCUGGUGGAGGGCGGGCUCUACUCGAGCCUCGCCGUCGCCUUCCACGCCACACCCUUUCGCGAGAUUAGCAUCGCGCUCGCCGCCAAGGCGAUGGGCGCGAGCAAGCGCAUGGGCGCCCGGCACGCCGCGGCGGGCCGGCUCAACGCCGCCGCCGCGAAGACGGCGGCGGUGCUCGCCUCGUCGAUCCACCUCUCGUCGCGGCACGGCUCGGCCCGCUCGGGCGCCUCGGGCCACCGCUCGAGCGUGCGCCGCACCUCGGACGUGACGUCCGACGGGGAGGAGGCGCAGGACACGGUCGGCUCCCUGCCCGGGCUGCGCGUGGCGCCGGCGGGGAGGUCGCAGCAGCUGCGCCUCGGCUGGGCCGGCGGCGCAGCGGGCUCCCUCCGCUGCUUGAGCGGCGGCCUCGCCUCGUCGCCGCCGGCGGUUCCGGUGUCGCGCGUGUCGACAGGCUGCCGCGCGGGCGCCGAGGUGACGCUCGUUGGCGGGGCGCGUCGGCUGGAGGGAGGAGCGGGGGCGGUGGAGGAGGUUUAG